AUGGGGUUUGCAGACGCUUAUAGGUUUCUGAGUAAUUCAAAUUCCGAAAAGAAAGCAGAAGAAGGUUUUGAAAAUAAUAGUAAUGGAAUAGACAGUUUUGAUAAUCAUAGUCAACUAACGUCUGGCUCCGAAAAGGGAGCACAUGUAUUAGAAACAGAUAGAAAUGUUAAGGAAAUUGGUAUCGUUUCAGCAUCAUUUUUGAUGCUUAAUAGAAUGUUGGGUGCUGGUGUGUUUUCGACUGGUUCUACAAUUUAUGCUUUAUCUGGUUCAGUAGGAACAUCAUUAAUGAUGUGGUUUGCUGGUACUGUCAUUGCAUUCACUGGGUUAUUAGUUUACAUGGAAUUGGGAACAGCAUUACCAAGAAACGGAGGUGAGAAAAAUUAUCUCGAGUACAUGUUUCCAAGACCGAAAUUCUUAGUCACGGCAAUGUACGCUUCCUAUGUGUUCUUCCUCGGAUGGGCAUCUGGUAACUCAAUUGUUGUCGGCGAAUACAUCUUGAAUGCUGCUGGCAAAGAGGUUACUCAGUGGAACUCUAGAGGUAUUGGUUUGGCUGUUAUUACAUUUGCAUUCUUGAUCAACGGUAUUAACGUGAAGGCAGGUUUGUUUUUGGCCAAUGUAUUGGGUACUUUCAAAAUUGUUAUUGUACUUUUCAUUAGUGUCACCGGUUGGGUUGCUUUGGGAGGAGGAAUCAAGACGAACAACUUCCAACCUACUGGUAAUUUCCAUAAUGCAUUUGAAGGAGAAAGUCCGACCGGAUUUGGUAUCGUCAAUGCUUUGUACAAUGUUAUUUGGUCGUAUGUUGGAUACUCAAAUGCAAACUAUGCCUUGGGUGAAAUAAAGAACCCGGAAAGGGUUUUGAGAAUUGCAGCACCAUCUGCAUUCAUAGGUUUGGGUAUUAUAUAUAUGUUCGUCAACAUUGCAUACUUUGCCGUUGUCCCAAAGGCAGAAAUUGCUUCUUCCGGAAGAAUCUUGGCCGCUUCUUUCUUCAAAUAUGCUUUUGGUGACAAGGCAGAAACUGCUGCAUCGGCUUUUGUUGCCAUUUCAGCGUGGGCAAAUGUCAUGUCAGUUAUCUUUUCCCAGGGUAGAAUUAUUCAACAAUUGGGACGUGAAGGUUCCUUGCCAUUUUCACGCUUUUUCGCUACUUCGAAACCAUUUGGAACUCCAUUUGUUGGGUUGAUGCAACAUUGGAUUGUUUGUAUUGUUACCAUAGUGGCUCCACCACCAGGUGAUGCAUACAACUUCAUUUUGAACUUGAUUUCAUACCCAUUAAACGUUGUUAAUACGGUUCUUGCCGCUGGUUUAAUUUACAUCUACUACAAGAAGUACAAGGGAUUGACUGAGUGGAACCCACCAAUCAAAGCUUCUCUCCCUGUUGUCAUUUUCUUUUUCCUUGCAUCAUUAUACUUGAUCGUUGCUCCAUAUAUUCCACCAGUGAAUGGUCAAAAAGUGUAUAAUGAUUUGCCAUAUUGGAUUCAUGCUGUUGUGACGUGGGGUGUUUUCGGUGUUGGUUUGGCAUAUUGGAUUGUUUGGGUAAAGAUUUUACCUCACUUUGGUGGAUAUCGUCUCGUUGCGAAGGAGAUCUUGGGUGACGAUGGGUUCUGGCGAAACAAGAUUUACAAGGUUUCAAAAGAUGCCGAUGAAAUUGAUCAAAUAGGUGAGGAAGUGGAGGUGGUGAAGUGA